AAUUCAGGUGGAACUUGAAUCUCUGUUGUGGUUUUCUUUAUUAUUGACGUAUUUUCGUAGUCGCCGAAAAAAUGACUGGUCGUGGUAAAGGAGGAAAAGGAUUGGGAAAAGGAGGAGCGAAAAGGCAUCGUAAAGUUCUUCGUGAUAACAUUCAGGGUAUCACAAAACCAGCGAUUCGUCGUCUGGCUCGUCGCGGUGGUGUAAAACGUAUUUCAGGAUUGAUUUACGAAGAAACUCGCGGAGUAUUGAAAGUAUUUUUGGAAAAUGUUAUCCGCGAUGCUGUUACAUACACCGAACAUGCUAAAAGGAAGACUGUCACAUCAAUGGAUGUUGUCUAUGCUCUAAAACGUCAGGGACGUACUCUCUACGGUUUCGGCGGCUAAAUUCCUUUUCAUUAAAAAAGAAGAAAAAAAUAACAAUCGGCCCUUUUCAGGGCCACCAAA